AUGAUAACAUUUAAAGUCAUAUUACCAGAUAAAGUUGUAGGAGAAUAUCAAAUCUCUAAAAACUCAAAUGUUAAGGAAUUUAUCUAAUUCUUGAAGGAGUAGAAUUAAAAUAAGGAUUGGAAUAAUUAGGAAUUAGAGUUAUAUUUAUUUAAUUAAUUACUCAAAGAAGAAGGAUCAGUUGAUAAAAUUAUAUGUAAUUAUAACACUGAUAGAUUAACUUUGAAAGUAAAGAAUGGAGAAGUAUUCAAAAGAUUUCAAAAAUUAGUCACUUAAGCUUUGGAAUAAAAUACUGAAGCUGGAUAUGAAAAGGCUUUUAAAAAAAGUUCAACCUUAUAGGAAUUACCACUAAGAAAUUAGAAAAAAAAAAUUAACAAGUUGUUGUCAUUCUUGGUUGAUGCCACACAAAAAAUAGCCUAUAUGUCUAGAUAAAAAUCUUUGAAUUUUGUUGAGAAAGUUUUAGAAAAAGAAUAAGGGAGACAUUAAACAACUAGUUAAGACCCAAGUCUAAUAAGACAAGAAGAGGAUCCUCUUAAAAAUAAUAAUGAUACUGUUUUAGGAAUAUUGGAUCAUUUUAAUGAACCUGAAGGCUAAAAUAUUAUAAACCAAGAUCAUUCUAUUGAGUCUAAUAACUAAAAUUUUAAUCAAAAAAAUAAUAACACAUAAAUAAAACCUAAAUCACUAAGCCCAGAGGCUAAAAAAUACUUAGAAAGAAAGAAAAAAGCAGAAGAGAAUUUGAAUGAUCCAUUUUAAUAAGCAAAAGCUAAAUAAUUAGUUGCUGAAUUAAAUAAAAAAAGAAAAGAAUAAGAAGACAGAAAAAAGAUAUAAUUACAUAAUGAAUCUUAUCGAUUGUAAGAAAGCAUUGAGAAAUAUAAAAUUGAAAGAGAAUAAUAAAGAGAGCAUCUAAAUUAAUAAAAACGUAUGAAAAUAAAGGAAAGUUUAGAAGAAAUGUAGAGACAUCGAGAUUAAAAAAAAUAAAGAAAAUAAGAGCAGAAUCAACUUUUAAAAAAAUUGAAAAUCUAAGAAAUAGAGAAAAGAAAACAAAUAGAAGAGAAGGAUCAGAUCUUAAAAAAAAUAUAUUAUGAAGAUGCAAAGGUAAUUUAAUAGUCGAUUAUUAAAGUUAAAAUUAUCUCAAAGAAAAAAAUUAGCUAUUCCUAUAAGAUUAGAAGAAAUAAAUAAACACGAGGAGGAUUAUUUAAAUAAGAAAUAGCUAUUAAAGUUAGAAAAGGACUAGAAAAAAUUAGAGAGGGAAAUUCUAAUAUAAUAAGAAACUAAGUAACUGUAUAAAGCUAGGAAUAUAUUAUAAAAAGUUAUUGAUGGAGAUUAACAAUUAAAAAACUAAGAAAAUGCUAAAAAAUAAUAAAAUGCUGAAAAAUUACUGAGAUAGUAAAAAUAUGCUGAGAUAGUUAAAGAAUAUCAUAAACCAAACAUGAAAAUAUAAAAGGACAUUUAACUUAGUAGAGCUUUACAUAAUAAGUCUGGCCAUUCAUUAUAAGAAGAAUAUAUUGAGUAUUAAAUUUAAACUUUUAAAUAGUUUUUUAAAAGAGGGAGAAGGAAAAUAGAGUGCAACAAAAGUAGAUUCAAUUCGUAAUAAACUUUAUAGAUAAGGAUAUUAAGGAUCAGGUAUAUUUAUAAAUAAUAGUAGAAAAGAAUCUAUUUAAAAUUUAAAAUGUUUUAAAUCUAAAAAAGAUACAAAAAACAAUAGUGACAGAAUCAUUAUAAAAAGGGUUUAUACCAAGUCCAUCAGUUUAUUACCAUCCAAAACCAAUGAAAAGUGAACCUUAAUUAGAAGAACUAUAAAAGUAGAAGAAACCCAUAAAUUAUUUGAAAGAAUUCGAAUAAGAGAGAAUGAAUUAAUAAGGAAAAUUAGGAUAAUUAAAAACCAAUAGUUAUCCAAGAUUGCAAAACGAUUAUCAAUCAAUAAUGGAAAGAGGAAAACGUUAUGAAAAAGAGGCUUAACGUAAAGAACAUCAAGCAUAUUAUUUGAAUGAUGAGAAACUAAAAGAAGAAGCAGAUGAUCUAUUUUUAAAAAGUGUUUAAGAAAAAAUAAAAUUCUUAGAGAAGAUUUGA